GAAGAUGGCAGAACUCUUUCCGACUAUAACAUCCAGAAGUCUACGCUCCAUUUGGUUCUGCGUCUUCGAGGAGGCAUGCAAAUCUUCGUGAAAACUCUCACCGGCAAAACCAUCACCCUCGAAGUUGAAGCCUCUGACACAAUUGAGAACGUAAAAGCCAAGAUCCAAGACAAAGAAGGCAUUCCCCCAGAUCAGCAGCGUUUGAUUUUUGCCGGCAAGCAACUCGAAGAUGGCAGGACUCUUUCAGAUUAUAACAUCCAGAAAGAGUCUACGCUCCAUUUGGUUCUGCGUCUUCGAGGAGGCAUGCAA